GGAGCCGGGGGAGCGCAAGCAGUGGGGAGCGGGUACGGCUGGCGGGCAGGGCGCCGGCUGGCGUUGUCCGGGUGUGGGCAGGCGGUUGUCGGGAGCGCCUCCGUACGUCAGCCUGUAGCGACAGUUGGGGUUCUCCACGGGCAGCAAGCAGCCACUCGGGGUGUCCGUGGCAGCGGCGGCGCUGGCUGUGUGUGUCCCCCACCAGCUCCCUCAGCCAUGCUGUGCUAUGUGACCAGGCCGGACGCAGUGGUGAUGGAGGUGGAGGUAGAGGCGAAAGCCAAUGGCGAGGACUGCCUCAACCAGGUUUGCAGAAGACUGGGAAUUAUAGAAGUUGAUUAUUUUGGACUGCAGUUCACUGGCAGCAAAGGGGAGAAUCUGUGGCUGAAUUUGAGGAACAGAAUCUCCCAGCAGAUGGAUGGUUUAGCCCCUUAUCGAUUGAAAUUAAGAGUCAAAUUUUUUGUUGAGCCACAUCUUAUCUUACAAGAGCAGACAAGGCAUAUGUUUUUCCUGCAUAUAAAGGAAGAUCUUCUUGCUGGUAAUCUUCAGUGUUCUUCAGAGCAUGCAAUUGAACUUAGUGCAUUGUUAGCACAGAUGAAGUUUGGAGAUUAUAACCAGAACACUGCCAAGUACAAUUAUGAAGAGUUGUGUGCAAAAGAGCUUACCACUACCAUUCUGGAGAGCAUUAUUGCAAAGCAUAAAGAGCUGGAAGGUCUAAGUCAAGCUUCUGCUGAAUACCAGAUUCUACAGAUUGUUACAACGCUGGAGAAUUACGGGGUAGAGUGGCACUCAGUGAGAGAUAGUGAAGGGCAAAAACUCCUUAUUGGUGUUGGACCUGAAGGCAUAUCCAUCUGUAAAGAUGACUUCAGUCCUAUCAACAGGAUUGCUUAUCCUGUUGUUCAAAUGGCAACUCAAUCUGGGAAGAAUGUAUAUCUGACUAUUACCAAGGAGUCUGGUAAUAGUGUAGUACUCUUGUUUAAGAUGAUCAGUACAAGGGCAGCAAGUGGACUCUAUAGAGCAAUUACAGAGACACAUGCAUUUUACAGGUGUGACACUGUCACCAGUGCUGUCAUGAUGCAAUAUAGUAGAGACUUAAAGGGUCACUUAGCAUCUCUAUUCCUGAAUGAGAACAUUAAUCUUGGUAAAAAAUAUGUCUUUGACAUUAAAAGAACUUCAAAAGAAGUUUAUGAUCAUGCAAGGCGAGCUCUUUAUAAUGCUGGCAUUGUAGAUCUUGUUUCAAGAAGUGACCAGACCCCGCCAAGUUCUCCUCUUAAGUCUUCUGAAAGUAGCAUGAACUGUGAUAAUUGUGAGGGUCUUAGCUGCCAACAAACAAAAGCUCUGCAAGAGAAGCUGCGGAAGCUGAAGGAGUCCAUGCUUUGUAUGGUGUGUUGUGAAGAGGAAAUAAAUUCAACCUUUUGUCCCUGUGGCCACACUGUAUGCUGCAAGACCUGUGCUGCCCAAUUGCAGUCAUGUCCUGUUUGCAGAUCUCGUGUAGAGCAUGUCCAGCAUGUGUACUUGCCAACCCACACCAGUCUCCUCAAUCUGACUGUGAUAUGAUCUACGUAUACACUUUAAACCCAUCAUAUACUCUUUAAACUGCACUAAUAUGAAAUGCAACCAUUGAUUGUGAAAAAGGCAAUCACUCUGGCACCUAUCCACAAUCAAAAGCAAAAUUACUGCAUUUUAACAUAAAUAUUCUUUGUUCAGCAUGUCCAAAAUGUCUUGGGACAUCUUGUGAGAAGUGUAACCGCUUCAUGUUACUUAAGCGGAGAAUGAUGUGUAAGCUUGUAGCGCAGCGAUGUUGCCACAAAGCUAGGUAAAGGUAACCCUGGAGAAGUGUGGUGUACCUGUAGUGAUAUACCCUGCAAGAGAAAUGGAGGCUUUUGUUUUACACUCCCUAAAUCCUUUUUAGUACAGUUGCUCCAUUUAUUUUAGUAGUAAGACUAGCUUUUACAGUUGCCAGUUUAGUAUGGCUCAUAGUUUCUGUUUUUAGUAAACUGCUUGGAACUUACUUUUUAAAAAAUGGUUCUUAAAGUUACAAGACUUCAUCAAGCAGUUGUUUAACUCAGAAUGCCAUUAAAUAAAUAAAAUUCUGAGAGAAUAGCUUUGGAUGGGUGGGACAAGUUUGUUAAUCUUGAGGUAUUAAAGGUAAUCUCCUGACCAGCAGUGUCCUAUGGGGGCACUCUUAUGGGACUUCAUUUACAGGUCUCCGUGGGCAAGAUACUCCCAGGUUCCCACAUACAACUUGGCUGGUUGUCUUGGGAGCUGCAGUCAGCUCCCCUUAAGUUGGCUUUAUUUUUGGAGACUGAUUUUAAAACUGUUAAAAGAUGUACCAUUAAUUCCUAAAAUAAGGGUUGUGUAUAAUUCUAAAUGCUUUCUUCAGUUAACGUCUUUAUUGGCUAGGUCAUUUCCUGCUAAAAUGCUUUUAUAUGCCACCCCUCCUACUUGGGCAUUUUGGGCUCUGGUUUCCUAGUGUGUUCUCCAGGGUGCAGAGGGAACUAGAAACCGUGUUUGGGUGCAAUACUGGCUUAAUCAAAGCUAGAAAAGUACACUGUCACUUUACUGAAAUUUUCUGACUAUACUUUUCAUAUUGCCUUAAUGUAGCAGUAAUGUGUGUUUAUGCAUCUGUUUCUUUGCACAGACAUUUUGUCAGAAUAUUAAAACUCUACUUUUUUACGACACAUUAGCAUAUAAACCUUACUCUAAAAGGGUAUUUAUUUUUUCACUUUGUAAAGAAAAUUUUGUUUCCUCAUAAAGCAAGAGCUUUGUCCUAUAUUGUAGGCAGCUUCUGUCUUUUUAUAUUCAGAUUAAUAAAGGACUUUAAAAAAAAAGAUCUACUUUG